AUGCGAGCCGAGCCACGGAUGGCCACGGCAACGAGUGCGCCAGGCCCGUGGAGAAAAGCCAUGACUUGGCGCCGCCGGGCUGCCGCUGGCCUCUUGGGCAUGCUGGCCCUCUGUUCGCCGGCCUUCUUGCUGGGACAGGCACCUAGAGCUGACUCCGCCGAGCCCUGGGGCGCAUGGGCACCCGGACCGAAGGCGAAAGUGCUGCUCCCCGCAUUGGCCGGGUCGAUGGCGCCGGCACCCUGCGAGGCUGCCGGUCUGCCAGCCGAGGUUGUGUCGGUGGGCGCCGGCUCGGUCGUCUUCUUCAUUGUCUUGCUGCUGUCGAGCAUGGUGUUUGGCCGUAGUAUCGCGGGAUUCCUCGACAACUUGGACAACGUGGAGUGA